AUGCUGACUUGCAUAUCACGUUCGAGGCAAGGGUCAUGCGAGGAGUCGCCGCCCGCUGAUCCCUCCAAACAAGCCCUUAAAACGCUCUCGUCUCAAAUCAAGGACAUGGCGCUAAAAGCUUCGGGUGCGUACCGCCACUGCGCGCCGUUCGCGGACCCGGCGGCCGCCAAGGACGCGGCGGCGGCGGCGGCAGAACAGGAGGCGGCUGCGGCGGAUAAGUUCCGGCGGCUGUACAGGCGGACGGGGAGCUCGACGGCGGCGGGGAGGAGAGAGCUGGAGGCGAGGCUGAAGGGGAUCUCGAGUGGGGAGGGGACGCCGGCGUCCGCGAGCGGGCGGCGGCUGGAGGCGGUGGUGUUCGUGGAGGAGAGCGAGCCCAAGGAGUGGGUGGCUCAGGUCGAGCCCGGCGUCUUAAUUACAUUCCUGUCCCUGCCACGUGGCGGUAAUGAUCUCAAGCGCAUUCGCUUCAGCCGAGAGAUGUUCAACAAAUGGCAGGCCCAGCGUUGGUGGGCAGACAAUUCCGAGAAGGUGAUGGAACUCUACAAUGUCCAGAGGCUGAACCCAAACGCUUUCCCGCCGAGAUCCGAAGACGGUUCCGAAUGCAGCCCGGUGACUCCCCCACUGGCCCGGGAGCAUCCAAUCGGGUAUUCCUCCUCCGACAUUUCGGAUAUACAGUCCACGCACUCAGGGACAGGGACGUCAGAGGCCAGCUCGUCCAGGGAUUUGGAGACUAAUCAGUGGGUCGAGGAAGACCAACCCGGCGUCUAUAUUACCAUUACCUCUCUGUCCGAUGGCUCAAGGGAAAUCAAGCGUGUUAGGUUCAGCCGGGAGAAGUUCGGAGAGUUACAUGCUCGACUGUG